AUGAAUCCCCGCAUGUCUGUGAAGAUUCUCAGUCAUCCAGGUCUGGUAACUGUGGGUGGUAAAAGAGAGCAACUGGACCUGCUUGAAGAUUCUUGAAGACGUUUCACCUCUCAUCCGAAAGGCUUCUUCAGUUCUGUCUGACUGGUAGGGAGUAUCAGUGACCUCUUUUAGUGACUGGAUGCUGGAUGGAGAGUGAUGCUCAACUUGUCUCUUCAGAAUUCCCCAAAGAAAAUAAUUUCUUUCCACCACAAAGGUGAAGGCUACAAGAUCAGCAAAGCUUUACUUAUCAGUCAGAAUACUGUAGCAAAAGUGGUACAGAAAUUUAAGAAAGAUGGAACUGCAACCAUCUCACAGAGACAUCCAGGUCGUCCACGGAAGUUAACACCUCGACAGGAGCAUCUUCUGAUGAGAAGGGUUGAAGAAAAUCGGCAUGCAAGUUCGCUGCAGUUAUCUAAAGAAGUAGAAAGCCAAACUGGGGUGACCAUUUCCCGUGAUACAAUCAGGGCCGUUGCAACAAGGUAGGCAGACUUGGCAAUUGCCUAGGGCCCCAGCCCUCGAAGGGCCCCCGCUGCCGAACGACUGGUUAUGUAUUCAAUAGCAAUGACAACUUUUUGAGCGCGGCAGCGCAGCGCUAAUGACACUUGUUGAAAUACCCUAGUUCCAAGGGGGGCCCCCUAAUGCACAACAGCACCUCCCUACAUGCUUUGGCCGAAAAGUGCAAUGACAGUCUGUUGUCAACCCCUCAAUGCCCAUCUCCGUCCAGUCAAUUGGUUGCAGAGCUCCGCGGCAAAAAAACAAAACAAAAUCAAAUAUGAAGCGAAAUUACCCCUCAGGGAGCCAGAAGAGAAAGAAGAAAAGGGAAGAGGAAGACAGAAAAAAAACAAGACACUGCAGGUGUCUCUACUGAGCAAGUGAAGCCUCGAGAAAUGAAGCACUUCUCAACACAACUGGCUGGAAAGCUUCAGUGUUUCAUUAAGCUUCAUCUGGCCAUCACUACAUCUCAGUCAUCACAUGUUUGCCCUGUAGAAUUACCUUGUACAGACAUUUAGUGGUUGCCAGUUGCAGAGUUCUAACUCAAUCAUAUUUGGCCCGAGUAAACAUUUGGGUACAAAGAGAUGGGAAAAUAGGGCCCAGGUUAAAAAAGGAGAAUCAGCACCUGGACCCAUCAGAGUGAAGAACUCAGCAGCACUGUGAUGUAAUGCUCUAUAAAUGUGUCUUUAUAGUGUCAGGAAGAAAUCCAAUGAAGAGUCAUUAACGAGACACACACACGAACUGUGUUCUGUUUUCUGGAACCAUCUGUCCAUCACAUUUUUAUUGCAGGACAAAAAUGCUGAAUAUUAAUGUGGCGUACAACCUGAGUGUCGACCCAUAACCCCCUCCCCGGUACAUUCAUAACAACACACACAAAAUAAUAAACACAAAUAGAAUCAACACACCUCACUAUGAAACAAGUGUCCAGUGUAAAAACACACACAAACAAACACAUUGUACAGCAGUGUUUCAUUAAAAGAUCUUACAGCUCUAAAACACACACACACACACCCCUAGUGAACGGAAGCUAACAGGUCACUGAUUCAGCUCGAGCCACAUUGCAUUUUCUCCUUCAAGCACUUUGGAACCAGAAAACAGUUAUUUAGUGUUAAAUCUAAACAUCGUGUCAGUAUGAUGUACCUUCAUUCACAGCUUUUAGAAAAAGGAGAAAAAGCAGCAUACUUUGGUACUCAUCACUUAAAAUAGCAAAAUUUCCAGAGUAGCUUGUCUGAGCUAGAGUCACUCAGCUGAGAUAUUUGGGGGGGGGGGAACCCUCCACCCUAAAACCAAAAUCUCCAGUUAUCCGUAAAUGUAGUGAGUUUUGCUCAGUUGGUGCUUCACUGCAGUUUAGUGAACAUCGUGUUCAUCACAUUUCUCACCAAACAGCACGUCAGAGCAGCUCCUUCUCAGUUCAUUAUAAAUGCACGUAUCUGACUCAAAACUGUUUCGUUUCAGUUCAUAGGACAUCAUUUAAUAUUUGCAGGGGAAAAAAUAAAUACAUUUUUGACUCAUCCCCAGCGGUUGGACAGUGAUGGCAGUUGCUUUAGGAUUUGCGUUUUCUUGGAUCUCGGCCCAAGGAUUACACACCGCAUCAACAUUUUGGUGGUUCAUCACACAGCAAAUUUCUCAGAGUUAAUUUUCCAGUGUUCAGUAAAAGUGUUAAAAUUAAGAGUUAAAAUUACACUGCACCAUGUUGAUUUAACUCUACAGGAGUCAUAUAUGUACUAGAGUUAGAGUGGUUGAGCGGUGUUUGAUGCCCAACUCCCCCUCAGAGUUCUAAAAACCACGCCUCUCCAAAAUGUUCUAACAAUUUUUCCGCCUGCGAAGACGCCAUUUUCUCCGCGUUGGAGUAUAUGGUAAGUCAUGCUUGGUAUUUCAUUUUAUGUCAAUUUGUUCGUAAUUUGUAACGUUUGUGAAGUCAAAAUUAUGUGAAGUAGUCAACUGGAUAAUUUGCAGUUGACUACGACGUAUGUUAGUGACAACAAGUGAACCGAACAGAUAGCAAAGAUUGGCUAGUAACCUCGUGUUAUUAGCUAGCUAACGGCAUGCUAGUAUUGGUUAACAGGUAUAUUAACUAUAAUGUAGUACUUUAGCAAACAUGGAGAUAUUCGAUGAAUUUCAUUGAAAUGUGAAAUAAGGAGCCAAUAAUGUUGUCAGAGCCUACACCGUUAGAGUUGUGUACUUUAUUUCCCCCCUUUCUGCAGAAUUGAAUUGAAAGAUUAGAGCAGCCAGUCUUUCAUGAGUAGAGUGCUGGUGAUGUUGAAUCUGACUAAAGGUAAUGUUCGUGAAAUUCUUGUACACGUGGCUUGAAUAUUUCCUCUGACUGACUUAAAAUGUCGGAGAUUUUCAAGUGAAGCUUUCGUUUAUGUUUGCUAUUGUAAGAGUGAGUGAAAUGGCGUGACGGCGCCAGAGGAUAAACAUAUCUGGUUUGCCGUGAGGAAGUGUGCUACUUUUUGAAUGGCUCAAACAUAAUGUCUCAGCAAUGUUCCUUUUAAUAUGCUACAAAAUCAUCCAUAUAACGCUUCGUUUUUCUGUGUUUGCAGUACGACUGGAAUAUUAUCUUUGGAUUUUUGUGGUGCAGUUCCUAGCUUGGAGAAUGCUUGUGAAAGUUAAGUGCCGAGAAAAACAGAGAUAUGUGAAGAUCACAGAGAGUGAUGGGACCUAUGACUACCAGCAGUUUCACCAAGCAGUCAUAGAGAAAUUUGGUCUGCCUCACUUCACCAACAUUGUUUACAAAGACUCCUCAGGAACAGAACUGGAUGCAGACAUCUUCUCCGAACUGUUGGAGAAGGGAAAGGAGUUGAUAACGGCUGUUGUGAAUGAUGAUUCAGAGGAUAUAUCUUCUGAAGCAUCAUGCUCAGACGCCUCUACAGUUAUUUUGGAUGAGAUUCCAAGCAAGAUAUCCAGACAGGAUCAGACCGAAAGAGAAGUUGCCAAAAAUAUGGUCAAUCAAGUUCUUCUGAGAAAACCGGGGGGGGGGGGGGGGGAGGUUUUUCAGGAGUACCACAAAACAAAGUCACUGACUAGUGCAACAAGGAGACUGCUUGUCAACAUCUUGGUUGCUGACAUGGUGGAGGUGCAUGGAUGGAUCCCUUCCCAGGCCAUAAAGGUGAAAUAUGCGCAAGGCAUUGUAGCCUUAUUCCCAUACCUGGAAGAUCCAUUGUCCAAGCAUGGAUAUGAACACUUUUAUGAUGCGGCAUCAGGCUCCGGGUACAUUUCGUGGCGUCUCAAGACGGUACAACGAAGUUUGGCUGAUCACUCAAGGUCUCCUGUGGCAGUGGGUGAAAGCAGUGGUGGGCCAAAGGCUACAAGACUCUUGGCUACUACAAUACAACAGUUGACUGGUCAGGAGUGUGAAGAGGCAAUGUCUAUGAUGAAUCAUUCAUCUGAUGAAGCAGUAGUUCGAGAGAAAAUGAAGGCCACUUUUGAACACCGACAGAAACUUGUCCAUGAUCCCGACACGUCCAUGGAUGUUCUUGACAUCUUCCCAAGAUUUCUUGACAUUCCUGGCCUUAUUGAGCAGGACUUCCUUGCGCUUUUUGGAGAGGAGACAUCUGGGAAGUUCUUGGCCAAGUGGCCAACAUUCUUCAGGCCUCACAUCAUUGAAGAUGCCAAAGGGCUGGUGUCCACUGCACAUGUCGAAGACCUUCUUUGUUCUGCUCAAGGAGAUGGUGAUCGUGGAUGGGACAGUGAUAUUGCUUCAUUGUGCCUGCUGCUACAUCUCAUUCCACCAACGUCGAAGGGUCACAAGAAGGCUGCAAAAGUCAGUGCACUCCAGGCAGAGGACUACUUGGUGAAGUAUAUGCAGAUUGGUACAAGCAUGCAGAUUUUCCUGUCCAGAUUGGAACCAUCGCAGCCAUUCAUGCUCUGCAUCGGGGAACAGAAGAAUAAGAUCCACAAGUUCUACAUAAUCAUUGACAGUCAGGCAGUACCAUGCAGAGCACAAACAUCAGUAGCUGCAUUUGACGAACUGUUCAAGGCCCACUUUGUUUUCGGAACAUCAUAUUGUGAGGCACUUGAUGGUUUUUACAGUUUCAUUCAAACGGCAGUAUACAAUAUUGAUGUGGGCAAGACAAAAGAAAAACCAAGAGUCCGGGAACUGAGGGCCAGAUAUCUCAAUGUGAAAAAGUAAUUUGCCAUAAUAAGGGUCAUAAAUUGUAUGAUUUAUGUUCACUUGUUUUAUUUGCAAAACAUUGCAUUCAAACUCUUAUCUGAUUUGCCGUCAUUUAAAAUUUCAUCAUGGCCUUUAUCCAGGAAAAUAUUUGCGUUUGAGUUGUGCAGAAACUGGACGUUCAUCAGUAUUUGGAACUUAUUCUGGAUUUAAAAAACAUUUAGUUCGGACUCAUGGAAAUUUGGUUCCUUGUAAUGAACAUGAAGGAGAUGGAGGGAGUACGGAGGGUGCGUCACAAGGUGGAUGGGAUCAUACUGCCUUUGAGGCUUUAGAGAGUAGCAAUGCUGAAACUGAAGGACAGGCAAUGGAGAGCUCUUCUGUUUGUGAAAUUAAUUUGGAUGAUAUGUGUGGGUCUUUGGUUGCACAGUUACAAGCUAACAUGGUAGGUCAGAGUUCAGUUCAAGUAGCAGUUGAAACAAUUGAAGAAUUAGUCGAUGGCAUACAAACCCAGGCAAAGGAGGCAGUUCUUAGUAAUAUUCCAUCAGAGCUUCGUGAGACUGUUGAGCGAUGUUUCCGUUCCAUUGAAAAUCCACUGAUUAAAUUUAAUACGCUAGCUAAACGCCGGAGAUACUAUGAAGAGAAGUGGCAAAUUGUACAACCAGUGGAACAUGUUCUAGGUGUUAGAUUUGAUGUUAGACGUGACAGGAAAACUGGACUGUACAGCCAGGUUCCUGUUACAGAUAAGUUUGUGUAUGUCCCAGUCCUUGAAACGAUCAGGACAAUGUUUAACAACAAAGAAAUAUUAGAGGCUUUUCAUCAGACAAAAGAAAACAAAAAGUUUUUUAUGAAGACAUUUGUGAUGGUGAAUAUGUUAGGACUAACAGAUUGUUUUCCUGUGAAAAAAAUGCGUUACAACCAGGGCUUUGAACCGGAAUUUUUUUCCUAUUGGUUCGUUCCGAACAGAAACGGAAUUUUAACGUUUCCGGUUUUGGGUUCCACCAUUAAAUAGACGUUCCCGAACCGGUUAGAACAAAAAAAUUUCGUUCCCAGAACGGUUAAUUACGUUCCCUGUCAGCUGUUUAACAAAUGGCUAUAAAAUUAUGUCUCUGUCUCAUCCAGCUUAAGCCAAAUGUAGGCUAAUUCUAUUACAACCUUCAUUAAAUAAGACAAGAAAUAAUUCAAAACAAUUAUUAUUUCAAAUGUUGGUGAUUUGGAUUCUCAGUAUGUCUUCCCAGCUACACAAACAGAAAAAGUGCCAAAAAUGAAAGAUAAUUCGUUUAGUGUGUUACCAAAGGCUAGUCAGGCCCUAUAGAGGGCUACCGCAUGACGUCACCGCGCCGCGAGGUUUUGUUAGGCGCCAUAUUGGAAGACCAAGUACACAUCUAUGCACAUACAUAAAACAAACUACACCUGAAAUGUAGCCAGGGCCGGUUCUGCCCUAAUCUGGACCCGGGUGCAACAUCGCGCAACCCCCCCCCCAAAAAAAAACACCAGUCUAAAUCAGGACAACCAUCACAUAACUAUAACUAUAAACAUUUUAGAUCAACUAUUUUAACUAAAUGGGCUAUAAUAAAUAAGCCUGCAGGCAGCCACGGCGGGCUGCCUCAGAAAAGUAACCAUUUGUCCUACCUUAAAACUCGUUUUGCAUUUUCUGCCUCCUUUUUUGUAUUUUCGACCCUCUGUUUAUUUUCUUUCCUUUUCUGAAAACCCGAUUUGUGUCCAGACAUUUUGUUCUGCUACCAACGAACUAACUCGUCAGGUCUCGUCUCUCGAGCGCGCGAUGAUUCCCAUGGGAAGGGCAACAAUUGAUACAUUUUUACAAACAGCCAAUAGGGAGGUUGCAUCGUUCAGACUCUUCUUUGCUCAGACACUCAGUAAUGCAAUUACUCACUAGUAGUCCACCUUCCCGCUCUCUCCAUUCAGUCAGCGAACGUCACACAGGAAGUGAACCCCAGCGGGUCAUAGAAACUUGCGCAGGAGAAGAAUGACUAUUUGUAGGCUACAGAAACUUUGAGGAACGAAAUAAAAACCGGUAUUAACCGGUUACCAUUAUUUUUAAUAAGCGUUUCUGUUCCGGAACAUAAAAAAUAAUAAAGUUUCUGGUUUUGUUUCUGUUCCAUGUGAAAUAGAAAAAGUUCCCGGUUUUCGUUUUCGUUCCUUGAACCGGUUCAAAGCCCUGGUUACAACUUCAACUUUACUAUGAUGAUUUUGAGACGGCUAAUCCCCUGGGGUCCAGAAAAGGGAUUCACAAGCUUGGGUGUAUUUAUUUUAUUUUAAGGAAUCUUCCUCCAAAAUUCAACUCUGUUGUAAUUAACAUUCAACUAGUUUUGCUUUUUCACACGUCUGACAUUAAGAAGUAUGGUUUUGAUGUUAUUUUGAAGCCUCUUGUGGACGACUUAAAAUGUUUGGAAAGGGAUGGUGUGUCUACUCCUGUAUCUGAAAACCCAUUACGAGGGAGUGUUGUUCAGAUCACAGGAGACAAUCUUGCACUUCAUGGUCUGUUUGGAUUCGUUGAAUCAUUCAGUGCCACAUACCGUUGCCGGUUUUGCUUAGCGGAUAGGGAUGCACUGCAGAGUAUUGUUUCAGAGGAUCAGCCUGAUAUUGUUUUUCAGUCUAAAGAACUUCAUUCCCAGCACUGCAGUACUUUACAGGACAAUCCAGAGAUGUCAUCAGCUUUUGGUGUGAAAAGAGCUUGCUUGUUAAACACACUAGAGUAUUACCACACUUGUGAUAACUUUGCUGUGGACAUAAUGCAUGACUUAUUGGAAGGUGUGGCCCAGUAUGAACUGAAACUUGUUUACCAGCACUUAGUUGAUACAAAGACAAUUACGGUGAAUGAUUUGUGUGAACGGAUUGUCGCUUUCAACUAUGGGUACAUUGAAAGAAAAAAUCGUCCAACUGCUUUGAAGAUGGAUGACAGUAAAGACCUUGGUUUAAAUGCGAGUCAGGCAUGGUGUUUGUUGCGCAACACACCACUCAUUUUUGGAGAUCUCUUUGAAAACAAUGAUUCUGUAUGGCACUUGCUUUUACUUUUGUUACAAAUUGUAUAUAUUGUUUUUUCUCCUCGUAUAACAGAAGGUAUGGUUUGUUUUCUUAAACAUUUGAUUACAGAUCACCACAACCUUUUCAAGACCAUAUUCCCAACCAAAAGACUGAUACCCAAGCACCACUUUUUAGUGCAUUACCCGAGCUGUAUAAGGAAAAUAGGCCCCAUUCUUCAUGUUUGGUGUAUGCGGUUUGAAGCGAAGCACAAUUUUUUCAAGCGCUCUGUUAAGAACUUUAAAAAUGUUACUAAAACUAUGGUGAAUGCACAUCAAUCACACAUAGCCUUUUAUUGGGAAACUUUUAAUUUUGAAAGGUUUGAGCAUGGACCGACUCAUAUUGAAAUGGUGUCUAAUUUGGAGGGACGUGAUGUGAUAUGUCAGUCUCUCAAGCUUAGUCCAAAUUAUGAUGCUCAAACAACUAGCUGGGUAAAAUAUUUUGGUACUGAGUAUCAUGCUGGAUUAUUUGUUUGUUGUGGUUUACAGUCUGAGAUGACUUUAUUUAAAAAAAUUAUCAAUGUUAUUUUGAAGGAUGGCUGUGCAUAUCUUGUACUGUGCAAAGUGGUAACUUUGGGGUUUGAUGACCUUUUAAGUGCAUUUUGUAUAGAAGAAAAUCUUUGCCCUUUUCACAUUGUUAGUGUUGAAGGGUUGUUUCAUUAUAAACCUUUUGAUAAACAGUGUCCUUUAAUUCUGAUGGAAAAGUCUAUAUUGUACUUCACUGCCACCUUUGCUAAAGUCCUGGUAAAAUGUAUGCCACUGGUUGAAGUUCUAACUUCAAUAAAAAUCUUUAUUGAGGACA